GCAUGCGCAGCAUCCUUCCGGAAGAAGGAGGUGCCUCCCUCAGGAAGACGCACGCGCACGCACGCCGAGGAGGAAGCGCGGAGGCCAGGAUGCACGCCUUCGCCGCUGCCACCGUUUGGUGAACGUCCUCCCAUCAUCUUGUUCUUCCUCCUCCGUCCGUCUUCUUCUUGUUCUUCCUCCUCCUCCGCCAUGGCGUCGGGCGCCGCCGGGAUGCUCGGUCGCCUCGUGCGCGCUUGCACCUUGUCUGUAUUGCUGCUGUUGCUGAUCGGUGGUCCCGCGGCGACGCGCGCAUCCUACCAGCCUCAGGGCGGAGAGUGUAAAGGAAAAGCGUGUGCAGGCGUGUCUGAAAAGAAGAGCGACCUGCGCGUGUGUGACCAGUCCACGUGCCGCUUCGGAGGCGUUUGCAGAGAUGAUGAUUCGCAGCUAAAGUGUGUUUGUCAGUUCCAGUGCCAUAAGAACUACGUUCCGGUGUGCGGCUCCAACGGGGACACGUACCAGAACGAGUGCUACCGGCGCCAAGCAUCAUGCAAACAGCAGAGGAUCAUCUCCCGUGUGGCGCAUGGACCUUGUUCUGACGAUCCUGGCUCAGGUUCUGGUGAUCCAGAUGAUGAAGAAGAAGGUUCUGCUUCUGAUGUAAUCAAGAAAAGCAAGUGCAGCACAUGCAAAUACGGAGCAGAAUGUGAUGAGGACGCGGAAGAUGUAUGGUGCAUCUGCAACAUAGACUGCAGCGGCCACAACGAGAACCCAGUAUGCGCCACCGACGGCAACUCGUACAACAGUCCGUGUUUGGUCCGAGAGGCGUCCUGCAUGAAGCAGGAGCAAAUCGACGUGGAGCACCUAGGCAGAUGCCGAGCCGACAAAGAUAAAUUCAGCAGGAAGGACGACGGAGGUCCUUUCAAAGUAAACGUCCUAGAAACUAAAGGACUGGAACACGGAGAUGGGUUCUACGCCGGAAUGCCAAACAGCUGCGGUGACUCGCACCCUGGAUUUUGUCUGCACGGCCGGUGUGAGAUCCACUAUAACAUGCCCACCUGCAGGUGCGAGUCUGGGUACAAAGGCGUCCGCUGCGACGAGCUUCAGGACUUCAACGUUCUUUACGUAGUCCCCAGUGGCCAGAAACUGCAUUACGUCCUGAUCGCGUCCGUCAUCGGUGCCGUGCAGAUCGCCAUCAUCGUGGCCGUUGUCAUGUGCAUCACCAGGAAAUGUCCAAAGAACAACCGCGGCCGUCGACACAAACACAACCUCGGACAUUUUUCUGCAGAAACUAACUCUAGGAUGGUAUAGCCUUCCUUUGCUUCUUCCUCCUCCUACUUUCCUCCUUUUUCCCCUGCGUUGCGGUUUCGGAAAAGCAUAGAAGAAGAAUUCGAGCUCGGGUUGCCUUAUUUCUUCUUCCUGUGCUCAGUGGACGCGCUCGGCGUCCUCCAACAACUUGGAAUGUUAGCGUGUCCCUCGCGCUCUUAUUUUGGCAAAGCGGAUGACCAAAUGAAACUCUUGAUGAUGAAAUGUUAUUUAAAUAACCAUGUCAUCGUGAUGUACAAGUUGUCGUCGUGUGGUUCUUCCGUUGGACUUGAGUUGGCAUGACAACCGGUGUAAUGUAUUUUUCCCAAUUGUAUGUUUCUGUGGCUUGCAAGGUGGAGGCGCGGCUAGAAAUGGGGGCGUCUCUGGCCAUACGUCACAAGACAGCACUAACAGUGCUCCUAAACCACAUCACAAGAAAACGCCAAGAAUAAUGCAAAUAAAUUGUAAACGCCGAGAAAUCUCCCAGAUAUGCACUUUGCCAAUAUCUGCUAUAUUCUUUUACUGACCAACCAGCUAGCUUCUUCUAACUUCCGCAAGCUUCCCGCUAACAUCCAUUGUUAGCGGGCUUGUGGUUGAGGUUAGUGUCAGGGGUGUCACUAGACCUAAUACAAUACUGGGGCACAGUGGGGCACUGGCAAGCGAGCAAACUUUUUUAUUUUUUUUAUUUUUUUAGCACUUAUCCAUCAUAAAAAGUCAGAAAUAAUGCUUUAAACUAUAAACAAACAAACCAAAAUGCAAGUUUCUGUACAAAAAUUCAAUUUUUUGUUUUAUUUUUUAGCCAUGAGUAUUCAAAAUCAAAAUUGGGACAUCCCUUGUUGAUAGUCAAUUCUCAUUGACUUCCAUCUCUCUUUCACCUCUUCCUGCACUCUGCUGCUCUAUUCUCAAUUGGUAGGUUGUGACCUAAAAGUGGUUAAUAUGUUGCCAAGGUGGGUUACCUAGCUUACCUCUCUCAUUCCUCCUUGCUGAUUUAUUCUUGCUGCGAGCAAAUAACUUUCUAAUAUCAAUUUACAAGAGUAAUGCUGUUUGAGUAAAAUAGAAAUAAAAAGGGACUGCAGUAACAAAUAAAAUGCUUUUAAAACAGCCGGAAAUUAUGAUGAGCACACAUACAAAAUUGAUAGAGGUUAUAUCCCAAAUUAAUUCAUAUACAGUGGGGCAAAAAGGUAUUAGUCAGCCACCAAUUGUGCAAAGUCUCCUACUUAAAAAAAUGAGAGAGGUCUGUAAUUUUCAUUAUAUGUAUACCUCAACUAUGAGAUACAGAAUUAGCAAAAAAAAUAUCCAGAAAAUCACUUUGUCUGAUUUUUAAAGAAUUUAUUUGCAAAUUAUGGUGGAAAAUAAGUAUUUGGUCAUGAACAAAAUUUCAUCUCAAUACUUUAUAUUUCUGUUGUUGGCACUGACAAAGGGUGAAACAUUUUCUGUAAGUCUUCAAAGGUUUUCACACACUGUUGCAGUUAUUUUGGCCUAUUCCUAAGGCAGAUUAAAUCGUGAUGUUUUCAGGCUGUCAUUGGGCAACACGGCCUUUUACUCCCUCCAUAGAUUUUGUAUGGAGUUAAGAUCUGGAGACUGGAUAGGCCACUCAAGGACCUUGAAAUGCCUCUUACAAAGCCACUCUUUGUUUCCCGGGCAAUGUGUUUGGGAUCAUUGUCAUGUUGAAAGACCCAGCCACAUUUCAUCUUCAAUGCCCUUGCUGAUGGACGGAGGUUUUCACUCAAAAUCUCACGACACAUGGCCCCAUUCAUCUUUUCUUUUAUGCAAAUCAGGCAUCGUGGUCCCUUUGCAGAUAAAAUGUUGUAAAGCAUGACGUUUCCACCCCCGUGCUUCACAUUAGGUAUGGUGUUCUUUGGACACAAUUCAGCAUUCUUUCUCCUUCAAACACGAGAAGUUGCGUUUUUACCAAAAAGUUCUAUUUUUUUGUUUCAUCUGACCAUAUGACAUUCUGACAGUCGUCUUCUGGAUCAUCUAAAUGCUCUCUAGCAAACUUCAGAAGGGCCUGGACAAGUCUGGCACUGCAGGAUUUGAGUCCCUGGUGGCAGAGUGUAUAUUUGAUGGUAGCCUUUGUUACUUUGGUCCCAGUUCUCCCCAGGUCAUUCGCGAGGUCCCCCUAUGUGGUUCUGGGAUUUUUGCUCACUGUUCUUGUGAUCAUUUUGACCGCACAGGAUGAGAUCUUGAUUUCUUCAAACCAAACUGCUUACUAUUUCAGAUUAAGUCUUCCCAGCGAGGUUCAGGUCUACAAUUUUGUUUCUGGUGUGUCCUUUGAAAGCUCUUUGGUCUUGGCCAUAGUGGAGUUGGGAGUGUGACUGUUUGAAGUUGUGCACAGGUGUCUUUUAUUCUGUAAAUGAGUUCAAACAGGUGCCAUUAAUACUGGUAACGAGUAGAAGACAGAGGAGCUUCUUAAAGAACUUACAACUCUGUGAGAGCCAGAAAUCUUGCUUAGUUGAGGGUGACCAAAUACUUUUCUACCAUAAUUUGCAAAUAAAUUCUUUAAAAAUCAGACAAGAGUGAUAUUCUGGAUUUGUCUCUCAUAGUUAAGGGAUACCUAUGAUGAUAUUUACAGGCCUCUCUCAUCUUUUUAAGUGGGAGAGCUUGCACAAUUGGUGGCUGACUUAAUACUUUUUUGCCCCACUGUAAAUUGAUUCCAUUCAUUUUGGUCAUAUAAACAAAUAGCAAGAAAUAGCAUCAGUAUUGAUACAGUUCAAAUACCACAUAUCCUUUUUACAUAAUGUUAGACAAAGCUCUUGCGUGAGAUCCUGUCACUCAAAUAACAUUUAAUUCUCAAUGUAUUCAUAGCCAGUUAGCUAAAAUACGACUUCAGUUUGCGGCCAGAGUCGUUUACCGCAGUUAACUGCCUGAAGAGUAAAGUUGAUACACUUAUAUUUACAAUUCAUGGGAACAGGCGACCCAACAAACAUCAACACAGAGGAAAAAACAAACAACGAGGAUGGGCAGUUUAUCUGACACUAACCUGUAAAGCAGGUGGGAAGAUGUCAUUUGCACCAUCGACUGUAAGUUUGGCACACGCACCGUAAUAUUGAUGCUGCAUUCACGUCUUGUUGGAGUAAUCGAAAAAAAUAAUUCUUUAUUACAUGAGAUCGAUAAAAAGCGCCCAACAGUCAGUGAACUUGUGAUAUAUCGCUGGAGCAUUAAAAUAUGCUACUCUCCUUUAUUUUUUUCAUCCCACAUUACGACUUUACAACACAUCAGAAUGAUUUUCCAACUUGGGAAGUCAGAUCUACCGAUACACAUGAACGCAGCCUAUCUCUCGAAGGUCCUUCGCCGAGGUAUCAACUCAUAUGCCAAUCACAGCCAAAGCAAGGGCGUAGGUUUGCAUAGGGACGUUAGGGACAUAACACCGCCGACUUUUCAGGAUGCUCAAAUUGUCGCCACCAACCUUUAAGCAAGCUUAUAUGCAUUAUACAGGGGGAUUAAAAAAGAAUGUGCCAAAAUCAUCACGCAUGCAUUCAUUUUAAAAUCCGUGAAAUAGAAUGAAUGAUUAAUUAAUUAAUUAAAUUAAUUAAAGUUAAUAAUUUAAUAAGAAAAUUAGAAUUAAAAGUCUUUUUAACGAGUAAGUCAUUUUAACAAAUUUAAAGUUAUAUCGGCUUGAUGUUGUCCGUGCCACUGGUGGUGGUCACAUUGAGCACUUGUGGAGCAUGAAAUAAAAACUUGAAGUUACAUACAAUACUUGUGCUCAGUUAGUUAUUGUUUUUUUUUUUUCUUUUAAUAUACCGCAAUGGUUUCGGCACAUUCUUUUUUAAUUACCCUCUAUAAUGAGUUCGGUGAUACAGAUAAUUUAGAUUGUCUUCCCACAUGUUGUAAGGAUAGAAUUGACCCUACAAUUAUUUAGUGAAUUAUUUUCAUUGUGUUAAAACUUAUAUUUACCCCUUUUUCACUUGCUGAAUACGCCGGUCCAUCCCCCCCUCAAACGCCAUUUGAUUAGCUGAUGACUUGAGCCACCCUUGACACACACAUGCAGGCACACCCAGACAGAAAUACAUGCCGACAAAAUGCCGCCUCCUCCGCCACCCCCUUGAAGAGGAGGAGUAUUAUAAGGUGUUUUUUUUCAGCCAGCAGUAGCAGCCACUGUAAGUAAUGUAAAAAGAUGUCAAUGUAGUGGAGGUGGGGAUCACACACUAAAUUUUGCAAAGUCCGACUUGCAGCAGAGUUAGCAUAACAUUAAACUGUGUGAAUUUGCUAACCUGCAAAACUCGAGUAGGACGCUGCUUGGAGAGAAGCGGGCGCUGCAUAACCUCAUAUGUAUCUCACACAACACAACAUGCACAAAACCUAAUCAUAAUUAAACAUGUACAUUAAAAAAAAAAAAACAACAACAUUGGGAUGCCGCGAGCUACCCACACUAGCAUUGCGAUCGACAGGUCGAUUGUUAUCAACGUAAUGAACACCCUGGAUUUAGCAUAUCAAUUAAUUCGGUUCAUAUUUGUGAGAAAUGUAGCCCUGAUCCCCAUUCACCCAAUCUGUUUGGUCUAUUAAUGUUCCAUCCCGGCCAAAAAGUGUACAUGCAGGUUAUGCUGUUAUAUCGUCCCUACCAAUGUUGAGACAGAACCUACGCCCUUGAGCCAAAGUUACGUGCAUAAUUUACUUCAUAAUUAUUAAGGAUCCUUGUGCAGUUUGGAGUGAAUAGAGUAAUAUGACCAUAUUAAAUUAACCUUUUUGAAGUUGCGUUUGGUCAGCCAUUUUCAAAGAGCCAAAAAUGGCAUGAGGGCGUGCCAAAAAUCAUGAUUUGACUUCGAUGGGUAGUUUCAUCCAAUCAUCUCCCAGUAAUGGCAAUAGCAACUAAAAAGGUGUAUUUAUUGGUUUAGAGACACGAACGCGUCACGUCCUUUAGCAGCAUGCUUAAGUCUGAAGGGGUUAAAUAAGCACAUUCUGUAGAUUGUGCUGUAUGAACUUAAAUCUCCAAAGUAUUUUUUUUUUUUUUUUUUUUUACAGGUGAAA